AUGAGUUCAUCAAACUUCUUUUCUCAAUUCAAAGCUCGUUCCGAUGGAUUAAAUGAAAUUUAUUCAUAUUUUCCAGCAUUUGAACCACCGAAGAAUUAUAAUUUAAUAUUUUUACAUAAGCAAACAUCUACAGAAAUUUUAAAUCAUGCCAUUCAAGUAGCUUCUGAUUCAUAUAGCUUUAUCAUUGAUACACAACACGAACAAAGUAAAUCUUUACCAUCAAUAAUACAAAUUUUAUGUAGUUCAUCGAAACAUCCCCCAUUAAUACUUCUUGUUGAAGUUUUAUACUUAAAAUCGUAUUUUUCAACACGUACAUACGAUUCAAAAAAAGAAGAAAAAAUAAAAAAAAUAUUUAAAGAAAUAUUUGCACUAAAUAAAAACGUACUUGCUUGGGGUAAUCCAGUAGAUAAAUUAGCACCAUUUUAUCAUUAUAAAUUAUUUAAUGAAACUGACUUAAAACAACCUAAUUUAAUUAAUAUACAUGAACAUUUUUCCGAUUGGUAUAAAGUAGCAUUUCCAAAUUGUAUACUCAAUCUCAUGGGAUUAAAUAAGAGACCAUAUUCUCUACAAAAAGCACUUGCUCUCGUUUUUGACGAAUGGCUCAAUACCAAAAUACAAUAUGGUCCAUGGAAUUGUGGUAUUGAUACCAACUUGAAAACAUACAAUUAUCAAUGGUCGUCAAAUAAUAAUAAAAAUUAUCAUGAAUUUAUUCAAGAACAAAUUCAAUAUCGUGAAGAAAUGAAAAAAUUAUCAUUUACAAAACGUUUUAUAAAAAAUAUUAUCAUGCGCACUCCUGAAAAUUGCUCCCAUCAAAAAAGACAUCUGUCUGGAGAAGAUGAGCAAGAGGAACAACAACGGCAAAUACUACGUAUUAUGCAACAAUUACAACAAGAAAUUAGAUCACCAUUAUCAUUGGUAACAACUGGAUCAACAUCGUUUCAACAACAACAACAUUUACAAGGACAAGAAGUGGUACAGCAAAUGGUUCCGGAAUCUGAAGAUGAGCUUCUACUUAUACUUACACAAGGACAACAACAAGCAGAAAGUGCUACCCAUGCAAUGCUCUCUCAACAGCAAUUCCAAUAUCAACAACAGUUUCCUGUUGAAAAUUAUGUGCCACUUACUUUGAAGGAGUACAAUAAAGAUCGAUGGGCCUAUUUGCCUACCUUUCCUUAUUUGAAGUCAGACAAGUCAAAUGAUAUUCCUUUGUUAUUAGCUAAUGUGUCAUCAAGUAUAUUAGGUUCAAAUGAUUUAAAUCGUCGAUAUGCUACUUGUUAUGAUGGUCCAUUCAUUGCAAUAAUUCUAAGUGAUCAAAUGAAUUCAUAUAUGUAUGAUUGUUUUAAACGAAACUUUAAUGAUUUAAUUGAACGAUUAAAAAUUAAUCCAGCUAUAAUUGAUUUUAAUCUUAGACGUUGGCAACGUAUUAUAGAAAGGUUUCAACUUUUACAAAGAAUAUUUUCUCGACGAUUUACUCGAUUGAACAAUAAUAAUGUUCCAGUAUUUGCACAACAGGAUAUGAACUUUCCAAAUAAUCUACUUAAACUUGAUGAAGUUGAAUUAAAAAUAGGUUUAGAGUUUUUCUUACAAAUCGAUGUUGAUCUAUUCUAUAUGAAAACGUGUGUAUUUCGUGAUGCACGACCUCGAUCUUUAGAUGAAGGUCUAUUUUGUAAAUCACAAUUACCUAUUGUGCGGUACAGUUUUCAAGCUUGUCAUAAGAUUUCCUGCACAUUAUGUGAAUCAUCAACAGCUAUUAUACAAUUUGAUUCCGGUCGAACACAUCGCUUUGUUAAUGGUUAUCAUGCCAUUCUUAAUUGUCCAGUUACAUGUCAAACGAAAAAUAUUAUCUAUGCUUUAACGUGCCCAUGUGGUGAAUAUGAUUUUAUUGGAUCAACAUCUUCCAAUAUCUCUGAAGUGAUUGAAUCUAUUCGAGAAAAUGGUAGUCAAUAUAUGCAUGAAACAUUAAUAUCAAUAAAUUCUUCUUUAUGUUCACAAAAAGAAUUCAUUCGUUUAUAUCAACAUGCAGCACAUUGUUCGAAAGCCAUUCAAUUAUUUUUAAAUGUGAAUACUGCAUAUGAUUGUUUUAUUCCAAUGACUUUUGAGCAAGCCAUGAUGGAUGAUAGAAAUCAAAUUAUGGAACUAUCGCCUGUAAGUGAUUUUAGCGAUUUAUUUAUGCAAUAUGUUCCAAUACCACCUAAGAAUUAUAUUUUUUCAAAUUGUCAACAAGAAAAACAAAGAAAAUUCUUUGAAAAAUCAUAUUUAAUAAAAAGUGACGAUGAAAAACUGUUUACAUCAGUUGAUUUUUAUAAUGUUUCGAUUAUAGCCGUUCUACCAGAAAAUUGUUCAACAUUAUUACGUCAAGUACUAGAAUGUCUCUUUGCAACACAUGCCGAAACAAAAUUAAAUAUGUUUAAUUUACGUACAAAAGAUACAUACGAAUUAUAUGGCUUACCUUAUCAUCGAGUAUGGUGUGAAAAUAUAGGAUGUUCAACGCCGAUGACUUCGUAG